AAUGUCUCAUUUACGUUGAAUGAGUGAUGACUUUGGAGUUUGAUUUGAGAAAAAUGAAACAUCAUUUCAAGGCUCUCUUAAUAUUCAUUGUUUUUGGAUUGAAUAUCUAUCCAAUCUCUUCGUAUAGGGCAGAUUUUUACCCGGAAAACUCCGGAGACGGAUUGCUAUCCAUUCCUGAUCGAAAUCUGUUCAGAAACAUGGAUCUUCCUCAAGCUUCGCCAGUGAAACGUUACAAGAACGGAUCUCUCGACGAUUGGUAUUUUGAUGAAGUCUCAAGAGAGGAAUAUGUAAACAAGGAUAUUGGAAACGAUUAUCAAGAGGACGAAAUGUUGGACCAAGUCUUCAAGGAUGUUCCAACCAAUGGAGAGACCUUCAACAACGCGGUCGGGACCAAUCCUACAGAACGGCAACUUGGGGAUGAGGGUGAGGAUUCUCUGGAUUGGAACAUUGACUUUGACUAUGAAGAAGGAUUGCCUGUCCAUGAAACUAAUGUUGCUUCCAAACUGAACCACACCAACAAAAUCGAAUCUGCCAUUGAAUCUGUCCUUGGGCGACCUCGACAACAAGGUUCUUUAGGUCAGAUCCAAGAUUUUCCGACGAGAAUCCAGGAUGGAAUGGAAGACUAUACUCUGGACGUUACAGUGAUCAAAAUUAAGGAGCGUGUGAAAAACUUCAGAUUUCGAUCGCACGGACAGACCAGGCGCUUGGGAGCAACCGUGAAGCGGUGGCCCCAUCAAGAACGAUUGGAUCCUAAUGAACCAUUAGGGUGUGGUUUUCCCGUAUGUGCCAUGGUCGACAUGAAACCAAUGCGCUUCCAAUCGUUAUGCAACUUCACAGGAUGGAUGCAGCAAGAAGGUCAUGUCCGUAGAGUCAUUGAAGUUCAGAAAGGUGGCUGUGAGGAUGCGAUUGAGAGCGUUGGAUUGGAUCGCGAUUGGGCUGAAGAGAUCGUGGAACAAUGUCAAUGCGGUUCCCACGAAGGCUGCAACACGCCCAUUUGCCUCAAUGACAACGGGCAUGCUAAAUCCUUUGCGAGUACGUGCGCUGCAGUCCAAUAUUUGAAGGGCAAGACCCAACAAACCCUUAUUGGCAUCGGAUUGGGGACAUGCAGAGAUCUCUAUUCAGCUUGCUUAUUCACUGAAUGGUUUGACUUUGAUGAACCUUGUCGUAAGGCGGAUGUGGAAUCAGUUUAUUAUUCAAACAUUUUUUUGAGCUGCCUAGGAAAACAUGGACGUCAUCGAUCUUGUGCAGCGCAAAAUAUCGAAUAUCCAGCUCAAUUUCAAACCUUAGAUGGAUAUGAACAGGUCGAAGGAUUGAUAUUCUCCAAGGACAAAGACAAAGUGGUGUGCUACAAUGAGCAUAACAAAGUCAAACCCAAGCCUCCUCAUUAUUGGGUCGAUAAAGAAGUGACUUGUCGGGAUUUUAAAAUGAGAUAUUGUUGUCGAAAUCUUUGGGGCGAGGCUGUGUCCCUCCCGAAGAUCCCCAAAGAGGACGUGAUUGUGGAUCCACCUGUGGGUCAAACCCUAUUCGACACUUGCGACUGGUUGAACUUUAUGAGUGUGAGUAACGGUCGAGGUUUGGGAGAUGUGGAAUCUCGGUCGAAAAACGCCAAAUUCAUGAAGAAAUCCACAUGCAAAGGCUCAAACCUGGCUCCGCAAUUCAUUGAUGCUAGAACGAUCAAAGACGACACUCCUUGGCAUGAGACCGGUGAACUCAUCACGAAAGUUACACCGACAUAUGGAUUCUACUGUGACAACAAGAAUAACGAGGUGAUUGGUAAACGAUGCAGUGACUACAAAGUGCGAUUUUGUUGCAAGAAAGAGAGACCAGCUCAAUGGGGGAAAUGGAGCGAAUGGACCGAAUGUUCGCAAACCUGCGGGGGUGGAACAAAGAAACGGGACAGAGUCUGCAUCUUGAAGGAAGGCAAAAAGCAAGGUUGCUUCAAUGAUGGUCCACAUGGGGAAAAAAGGUUUCGUGAAAUGGAAAUCUCGUGCAAUGAAGUGCCAUGUCCUCGUGAUCUUCAAUGGAUGGAAUGGCAAGCUUGGUCAGAUUGUACCGUAACCUGUGGACAUGGAAUCCGUCGAAGACAUCGUGGAUGCUUUCCUCCUAGAGGAGGAGGAAAAGAAUGUCCCGUCGCUGGAGACAGCCGGUAUUCCGAGGAACAAAAAUGUCACGAGUCACCUUGUCUUAACCCUCAAUGGACAAAAUGGGGUGGUUGGGGCGAAUGCUCCGUUUCUUGUGGAGUAGGAUGUAAAACCCGACGAAGAGCUUGUGUCAACAUUGCAGCCGGAAACGCUCCUCUGGACAAUGACGCUGCUCUAUGCCUUGGUCCAAGCAUCCACGAUGACGCCUGUGAUGUUGGGUAUUGCCCAGUUGAUGGAGGUUGGACAGAAUGGCAAAAUUGGGGGGAGUGCGAUGUGGCAUGUGGAGCAGGGGCCAGGAUUCGCAGGCGAUACUGCACUGACCCUUUUCCGAUGCAUGGAGGUCGUUCAUGUCCUGGCACUGGAGUCGAAGAUGGGGAGUGUGUGGGUCUGCCAGAGUGUCCCCAGCAUUGCCUCUUCUCCGCAUGGGGUGAAUGGGGCGGUUGCAGCGUUACUUGUGGUGAUGGACCAUUUGCGGGAACUCGAGAAAGAGCAAGAUUUGAGGCCGUACCAGCUAAAAAUGGCGGUAACGAGUGUUGCGGAUUGAAAUCCGAGAUCGAACAGUGCGAAUUUUGCCAGACAGAGCGGGAUCUUGGGCAGCCAAGGCAAUGUAUCUUCCAUUGCCCGGUGGACUGUCGAUUAUCGGAAUGGUCUCCCUGGGCUGGAUUUUGCAGGAAAUGCUACAAGCCAAAUGAAAAGCAAAUUGUGGGUUUGAUAAAAAGGACAAGAAUGAGAUUUGUAGAGGUUGAAGCCAAAUAUGGUGGCAAGCAAUGCACUUCCUUACAGGGAACUACUUUGACUAUGCAAGAUGGCGCUGAAAUUGAAGAGAACCCUUGCGUCCCGGAUAAAGACGUACCUCCUUGUCCUGCAGCAGCCAGCCCACCCUUCUUCUGGAGCCCAUGGGCUGAAUGGUCAGCUUGUUUAGCUGCUUGUGGAUCUGCCGGUCAACGAACAAGAAAAAGGAAAUGCUUUGGAAAUGGCGCCAAUUCAGGGUGCCCAGGAAAAGAAGAAGAGGAAGAGAGCUGCGAGAGCUUAUGUCCACCAGAUGGUUGGUCCGAGUGGGAUGAAUGGUCCCCUUGUGAAAAAACCUGCGGUAAAGGUCAAUCAGCGAGGAGAAGAACGUGCCGUGAUGACCAUCGGCUGGACAUUCCUGAAGCUGAGAAAACGUGCUCGGGUGUCCAAAGAGAGACUCGAGUCUGUGAUUCUGGCUCUUGUGAUCAAGUGGAGGAGAUCAUAACGGCUGGCAAAGAUCCAACAGGCCUAGUCCAAGGCCAUUAUGUUAAUAAAUUGCAAAGAAACAAUAAUUCAGACAAGGAAUGUUUUCGAAUAAAGGAUGAACUUCCAAUGGCAUACGCUGUGAUUCAUGCACAAGUUCAUUCGAACAGAACAAGUGAAACCAACUUGGAUGAAAGGAUAGAUUCGUCAGAGAAAUAUGAUUCAUUCCAAAGAAGCGAAUCGAAAGACGCCAACCAACUCGAAAUCUUAAAGGCCUUCACCGAUGAGCAAUUCCGAGAGGAAAUUAUCAAAGACCUAGAUGCCAAAGACCCCAACGGAAUCAACAUCCCGGCGGAGGUAGUGCAAGUAAAAAGGAAACCCAAUAAGUGGGAUGGAGCAACAGGAGCACGAGACUUGGACGCCAUGGUUCAACGAUGGGAACAUAGAUCUGGGCUGGAUCCGGAAGAUGUGGAUGGCUGUGGAUCUCCAGUAUGCGCCAAUGUGGAUGGCAGACCCAAAAGAUUUAGAUCCUGGUGCAACUUAGCCACAUGGAUGAUGGCCAACGAGCACAUUCGACGGUUCCUUCACAUACAGAAGGGAGACUGUGCAGAUGCUAGUAAGAUGGCAAAUUUUUCAAAUUCAACCAUUUUUAUAAUGAACUAUCUGUUUUCAGUCGAAGGAAAAGGCCACGAUUGGAAUUGGGGUAGUAACCCUGGAUCUUGUGAACGGUGUCAAGCAUCCGUUGGAUGUCGAGAGAAAGUCUGCAUUGCCGCCAAGGGAGUGGCCACUACUUACACCAGCAUUUGCGAAGCCAUGAAGGCCAGUUAUGCUGACACUGAUGUGGUCACCAUCCUCUUUGCGUUAGGGGAUUGCGAGAAUCUCCUGAAUGAACAAAGCUGUUUGUACACGGAAUGGUUUGAUAUUGAUGAGCCUUGUUAUGAUGGCGACACGGAGAGUACCACCCAAAAUAUGGCCAUGAUUAAUUGUUUGCCUAAAAGUGGACGAUUUCGCAUGUGUCCUAGAAUCAGGCAAGUUGGUGAACCUCAGUUCCGCACAAUCGAGGGUGGAGAAAUUCCAAAAGAUCAAAAGGUAUUGAAAGAUUUUGAAGCCCAAAGAUUGACUUGCUUGAACAAGGACCAAACGUCAAAACCAGGACCACCCAAUCACUGGUUUGAUCUUCAAGUUAAAUGUCGAGACUACAAAAUGAGGCAUUGCUGUCAAUGUUUGCAUGGAUGUUAUCCCAAGAUUAACGGACAAUGGAAGGUAGAUAUGCCAGAGAUUGGACAUUUAUACGAGGAAUGUGAGUGGAUGCCAUUCGUCAGUCAAGAGAGUCCCAGGUCAGAUACGUGGGAUGCAGAGGAUAGAGCUACAGCCUUGACCACAAAAUACAAGAGGCACGUUUGUGGGGGCAAUAUUUUCGAUGCCGUAUACAUUGACGCAAGAACGAGAGAGGAUGACAUUCCUUGGGACGAAACUGGAGAGAUCAUUACCAAAAAUACGCCCAGCUAUGGAUUCUUGUGCAUAAACAAGAACAACAAGCCUUUCAAUAAAAGGUGUUCGGAUUAUAAGGUGAGGUAUUGUUGCCUCAAGAAGCGACCCGCUCAAUGGGGAGAAUGGAACGAGUGGACUGAUUGCACCAAAACUUGUGGAGGAGGGAUCCGAAGCCGGGAUCGGGUGUGUAACUCCAAAAAGGGGAACAAAGAAACAUGCUUUGGCAAUUGGAUCGAUCUUGAUGAAUCUGGGAAGGACCGGCAUGCCAAUCUGAAAUAUCAAGAACAUGCUUGUAAUGUAUUAAGUUGUCCAGGUAAUCUCAAUUUGUUAACAGUAGGGUUUUUUAACGUAAGAUCAGCCACAAUGCACCUAUUAGGGGAUGCAAAUUUCUUGCAAUGGAUGUCGUGGGAGACUUGUUCAGUGACUUGUGGACAGGCUCAACGAAGACGAAGACGUGGUUGUAACCCGCCGACUUCUGGUGGCAAACCAUGCCCAACGGAUAGGAGAGAGUACGAGGAGUUUGGAGAUUGUAAACUUCAGCCCUGUCCAGAUCCUCUUUGGACCACUUGGUCUGAGUGGAGCGCUUGUAGUGCCACGUGUGGAUUAGGGAAGAAAAGGAAGUCCAGAAAAUGCGAAGACGUUAUUACAAAGAAACCAAUGCAACCGGGAUUGGAUUGUCUUGGUGGAGCGUCAGAAGCGAACGAGGAAUGCAAACUCGAUGAUUGUCCAAUUAACGGACAAUGGACAGCAUGGCAAAGUUGGGGAUCUUGUAGUGUCCUUUGUGGACGACAAGGCCAUCGACUUCGUCAAAGGUACUGCUCCAACCCAUUACCCCAAUUCGGAGGAGAUCCUUGUCCUGGAGACCAAGAAGAGAGAGGCCCUUGUCCCGAUCUGAGUCCCUGUCCAAUGAAUUGCGAGUGGUCAGAGUGGGGUUCUUGGAGCUCUUGUAGUGUUUCUUGUGGCAACCCUGGAGAAGGACUUGAAACUCGUGGUCGACAUAUUCAUCAACAAGCUGCAUUUGGAGGUCGGAAGUGUGCUGAAAAUGACCUAGAAAAUCGGAUUUGCCUUCACGAGAGUAUGAGCUCUUUUUCCGAAACAGACAAGGGAAAGGCCAUCUUCUAUUGUCCUGUGGAUUGCAUCUGGGCCGAAUGGACAAGUUGGUCCACUUGUCCGGAUUGCUUUGGGGAUGUAUCUGGAUACUUGAGAGAAGACCUUCCGGACUUUGAGCAAGUUCGGUCCAGGAAGAUCCUACAACAAAGAAAAUAUCGAGGGAAAAAAUGUGGCACUUCUUCCAUUGAAAUUGACACAAUUAAAGGUCAGUGCACUAUCGAGAACGUUUCUCCCUGUCCAGUGGUGGCAAGUAGCAGCUACACAACUCAAUGGACUCCUUGGACAACCUGCAUGGCCCCAUGUGGAAAAAAAGGCCAAAGAUCGAGAGGACGACAAUGUUCCAACAAUGAUUGUAAUGGAGCACUGGAAGAAUCAGAGCCGUGUUCCGGGUUUUGUCCACCAGAGGGUUGGUCCCAAUGGGAAAUGUGGAGCAAUUGCCCUGUCACCUGUGGUGCUGGUCAACGUGCACGAAUUCGAUAUUGUCGCGAUGAUAAAAAAGAGGAACGAAAGGGGAAAGAGACAUGUCAGGGCGUGGCCAGAGAGACUCAAAGGUGUGACAUGGGCACGUGUGGAUCUGUGUCCCAAGUCAACGAUGUGGUCCAAGAAUUUGCAGCCAAGCAACACACCAAAGAGCAAGACUUCACGCCAAAUCUACCAAUAAGCAAAGAGGAGGAAAGUCAUGCGGAAUGGGACAAGACUCGCACAGAAAACCAAAUUGGAGACGAUACUUCGUCUCAUGAAAAAGAUCAGCGUAAUGACUUGAUUGACUGGCAAUCCUCAAAAAAGUAUGACGAUGACAAUGCUUCUCAAUACGCAAAUCAAAGCCCUUAUUUGGAAUCGAAAGACCGUCUCGCUGGAGAGGAAAAUGACCCUUUAACUUUAACUCGCGCUGAAGAACCCUUUGACGAUGAUCCUGAAUACAAGGACAGUAGCCUCUCUGUACCUAAUGACGAACAAACCCCUCACGGCCAAAAUGCUUAUGAGUCAAUUGAAGACAAAGUAUUUCAAUCCCUCCCUGAUCAAUCCCAAUCUGUCAAAGAGCCUGAUAACUACGCAGCUGAGACGGACACGAAGUUUUUGUCAGGAGCGUCAGAAUUCUCACCGGAACUUCAAAGCAACACUCAUUUCGGAGAGGAAGCAUACGAAUUCGACUCUAAAGCCACAGCAGAUCCCGAUGAGGCAAGUAAUCGCAUUGUCAAUGGUGAUUCCAAUGUGCACAGCCAGAAAUUUGGUCACAAACAAAAUCGCAUGGUCAGGCACGAGGACAGAUCUAUGGAAAUAUCUCGAGAUGAUCAUGAGACGAUGGAUAGCACAGCGGACUUGAAAUGGAAUCAGCCUCAUCAGUUGGAUAACUAAUGUUCAUUCACAGUUCUUGACAAUCCCUUUCAAUGAAGUCAAAUGAGUUGAGAGUACGAUGCAAAGUGACGUAAACAAAAGAACAACCAACGGCAUCAUUCAGCAAAUAUCCCGUAAUAUUUCAGUGAGCUCGGAAUCCCCACGUGUAUUUUUUUUCUAACGUGUCUUCCAUGCUUCAAACAACCUGAAGAUUGACGAACUGCUCUUUGUUCUUUUGACAUUCUCUCUGAAAUCAAAUAUCUCUGACAUGUAAAUUGUACCAUGACAGCCAAAAGCAAGACUAAUAAAUUAAUGAAAAAGUAA